AUGUCAGAGAAACAAUAUCAGCCCAUCCCAGGCGAUCUUCCACCCUCCUAUGAUGCCGCAUCCGCAGACACAAAGAAGUCGCCACCGAAAGCGCCACUUCUCCGCGCCCCUCUUCCUCUCAAUCUUCCUCUGAUCUCCUCACUCAAAGACAAAAGGGUAAUCCUCGCCUCAGCCUCGCCGAGGCGAAAACAGCUUCUUGCUCAGAUAGGUUUCUCAAAGAUAGAAAUCCUCCCCUCCACCCUCCCCGAAAACCUCCCCAAGUCCCUCUCCCCUUUCGAGUAUGUCUUAGCCACCGCGCGCCAAAAGGCCCUAAAUGUCUACACCGCCGCCCUCUCCUCCGAGCGCGAGCUCGGCGCCCCUGCUCUGGUCAUCGCCGCCGACACAGUCGUCGUGAGCAAUGGCGGCCAGGUGCUCGAGAAACCAAGGAGUGAGGGCGAUCACAUCGCUAUGUUGAAGCGGCUUCGGAAUUCCGUGUAUCAUAAAGUCUACACGGGCGUGGUAGCGGUUGCGCCCCUAGCAAGUUGUCGAGAUCCGGGCUAUUCGUUGGAAACUACGGUAGAGGAAACGACGGUGCGGCUUGGGCGUGAUAUUGGGGAUGACAUGUUGAUGGCUUAUGUGAGGACGAGGGAGGGGGCAGACAAGGCGGGCGGAUAUGGGAUUCAGGGGAUUGGGGCCAUUUUGGUCGACAGGAUAGAAGGCAGCUAUGAUAAUGUGGUCGGAUUGCCGUUGAGAGCGACGUUGGGGCUGGUCGAGAAGGUUUUGAGGGCUGCGGAAGAGGAUGACUUGGAGGAUGAGUUUGUAGCGGACGGGGAAGAUGGUUAA